UAUUUGGUUGGUUGAUCUAUCGGUAGUUGGCUAGUUGCAUCUCAUUGUAUGGUGAUAUGCUUGCAAUGAAAUCUGGUUCUGAUUUUACUUCCGCUGAUUCUGGUGAUUUUGGUUCUUCAUUUAGCCGUGACCUUGGUCGCGGCCGUGAUUAUAGGCACAGUGGUCAUUUUGAUCGCGUUUUUGGUGGUCAUGAUUCUGGUCGCUGUGGAUUUAGUCGUAUAGGUCGCAUGUCAAGGGGAGGUGGCCAUAGUCGAGGCCAUAGUUCUAGACUUUGUACUUAUUGUGGGGUAACUAAUCACACGGUGGACCAUUGCUAUGACCUACAUGGUUUUCCUCAGGCUCAUCGGGUUACUUCUCCCAAGGAUAUUAGGCAGGCUGCACGCUCCACUGCUAUGGUGACUAUUUCUAUGGAGGAGUACCAACGCCUUGUGUCACUUCAGACAAGUUCCUCCAUUGCUACGCUAUCUCAGACAGGAUCUCAAGACGGGGCAAAAAAUUGGUGGUGGUACUGAGCGUGGUGGUUUGUAUUACUUUACCGACAAUGUUCACCCUAGCUCUGUUGCCUUUCAGUCUUUUGUGUCACCCUAUCAACAUCAUUGUCGACUUGGUCAUCCAUC